UGGCCGCAAGGAUCGCCAACGCGCUCUCGAACCAGAAAAGCAAAACGGAAAUCUUUUCCCCCGUCAGCAUAGCUGGCGCACUGUCGCUGCUGCUGCUUGGCUCCGGCGGUCAAACGCAGCAGGAGCUGCUUAAUGUAAUGGGCUUGAACAAGGGGCAGCUCUCGUUCCAGGAGAUACACAUGAGCUUCGGCCGACUGUUUCAGGAUCUGGUGUCGAAUGAUCCGAGUUUGGAGCCAUUAGUUACCUGGCGCUUGAACGACAAAUGCAACCGGUACGAUGAGGAGGAGGACGAAGAGGAAGAGUUCGUACAGUCGCAGUCACCGAGCAACCCGAACGAGAAAGAUGUGAUCAUUCAGAUCGGUAACGGUAUCUUUGCCCAAAAUGGUACCACGUUCGACGCUCGCUACGAUAAGCUAGCGAGGGACCUGUACCAGAGCGAACUCCAGCUGCUAGACUUUAUCCAGGACGAAACCGGUUCCGUACGCUACAUCAACAACUGGGUGCACAAUCAAACGCACGGUCGUAUAGCGGACAUUGUGUCGCACAUCAGCCCCGACACUAUCCUCAUGAUCGUCAACACGCUGUACUUCCGCGGUCUGUGGGAGGAACCGUUUCAACCGCUCGCUACCCGUAACCGACGCUUCUUCCCUAAUGGUCCCGACGGUCCGGACUCUUUCGACAUCCCGAUGAUGGCGAAAAGUCACUGCAUGCCGUACUACCACUGGCAGGAGGAGAAUGUGCGCGUGCUUGGCGUACCGUACCGUCAGAACGUUACCAUGUACAUCUUCAUGCCGGUAAACUCAACGCGCGAGCUUGUCCAAUCGUUGCAGGCGAAAAUUUCGGCCAACAAAGUGAACGACAUUGUGACGAAGAUGAAGAUGAAAUCCGUUACGCUGCUCUUUCCCAAGAUGCACAUCUCCAACUCGAUCAGUCUGAAGAGUGUGCUGCAGCAGCUUGGCGUUUACACGCUGUUCGAGCGUAACGAUGCCGAUCUGUACCGUUUGCUUACCGGGCUUAAUCGGCACGGUGGGGAGGAAACGCUCGACAUACUGGAUAUUCUACAGGACACGAAGGAAAACGCCAUUCGGCAGCUGCAGCAACAGAACCCGGAAUGUAUUAUAGUGGAGCGAAACGGUAUCGAGCGUGGCGAUUGUUUGAAGGAACACUGCGCAUAUGGAGGUCAGGUAUGCGUGUGCUGUGUGGAACAGGACGAUGAUUUCCGGCGCCGCCGUCGUCGUCGCCGACGGGAUGGUUUCGGUGGCAUGAUGGCGUCCAAGAAUGAAUCAAUCUUUGUGAACGAAAUGUUGCACAAGGUGGAUUUAACGGUUAAUGAGCGCGGAACGGAGGGUGGAGCAGCGACCGCUACACUGAUCGAUCGUAUCUCGUCCCAGGUUAGUUUCAUCGUUAAUGGACCGUUCAUUAUACUGAUCAGAGAGGAACCGACACGGUUGCCAUUAUUUUAUGGAAGUGUUUACAACCCUAAAUAG